ACUUGACAGCCAGCGUCUGUUUACGAAAAGUCACGGGGACGGCAUGGAGGAGCGAAAGGUAGAGGAACUGUCACACCGCGCUGCCAACAGGGGGAAGAGCCCGACCGCACGGGGAGCCAGGUCCGAUCCGCGCGGCGCGCCGUGCCACAUUUGUUUGAUUGGCAGCCCGGAUGCCUGCUGACACCCGCAGCUCGAUGCGUGAUUAGAGGCUCCUGAGUUUUGUUUGCGCCGCGGGAGUGUUUCACAUCCUGAAUUGUCACCCCCCCCUGCACCCGGCUUAAAACAAUGGCGAGGCAUAAAAGGCGCAACCCACUGAAGAAUUGUUGCGCUUGAAGCCAGCCUGGACUCUACAGAGAAGCGUCUCCCCGAGACAACACGGCGCAAACAAAAAAAAACAAAAAAAAAAAAACAGAGGCACUCGGAGCGACAUGGAAAGCCCGACCGAGAACCCUACCAGGGCUGUGGAAUAUUUGAAGGAGCUUAACAAGAUCAUCGAGACCCAGCAGGAGUUGCUGGAGAGGCAGAGGGGACGGAUAGGGGAGCUGGAGCAGCAAGUGUCCGACUUGUGCACGGAGAACGCCUGUCUGAAGGAUCAGUACCAGCGGCACCUGGCAACCUGCAGGCUGCUGCAGGGCAGCAACAGCCUGGUCAGUCUGGGAGCCAUAAAGGAGCACAUCACACAGGAAAAGUCUGAAUUUGACUCUUCCAGAAUGGUCAGGAGACAUGCCUCCCUACCUGUGGAAGUCAUAGAGAAUCCUGGGAUUUUAGUGUCUGAAGGCCGCAGGAGAGUCGUCCCGUGCCGCAAAUGGAAGUCGGCGUCCUUUGGUGUGGAAGGGGAUGGACGGCCCGGUGAGAGUGGCCCUUCCCUGGACGGUGGAGCCAUCUAUGGCCAAGGCCCGGUGACUCACGGCUCGGCUAUCAGCCCUGACCGAUUUGACAGCCCGCUUUACAGCCACGGGGUCCAGCCUGGGCCUCAAAGACCCCGUCGGCCCAAGCUCCAGCACUCGCAGUCCAUCCUUCGUAAGCAGGCCGAGGAGGAGGCCAUCAAGCGGUCCCGCUCGCUCUCGGAGAGCUAUGAGCUCUCGGCUGACCUCCAGGACAAACAGGUGGAGAUGCUGGAGCGUAAAUAUGGUGGACGAUUCAUAACUCGGCAUGCAGCGCGCACCAUCCAGACAGCCUUCCGCCAGUAUCAGAUGAACAAAAACUUUGAACGUCUCAGGAGCUCUAUGUCUGAGAACCGCAUGUCUAGACGCAUCGUUCUCUCCAACAUGAGGAUGCAGCUCUCGUUUGAGGGCCCUGAGAAAGUGCACAGCUCCUACUUUGAGGGGAGGCAGGUGUCCAUGACAGAGGACGGCACCCCGCUGUCCAUGGUGCAGUCUGAAUGUGGAGACAUAGAGGUCCACCAGCAGGCCAACAUGGCGACUCACCAGGCCCAGCAGGGUGACCUGUCGGAUGCCAUCACGGAGCUGGAGGACGCCUUCUCCAGGCAGGUCAAGUCUCUGGCCGAGUCGAUAGACGAUGCACUGAACUGUCGCAGCCUUCAGGGCGAUGAGGGUCCUGACCUGGAGGCUAUGGGCUGCUCUAAGGUGGAGAGGGAGGUGCCCUAUCAGGUGAAGUCCCACCGCAGGGCAGCUGGACGCUUGCACGAUGAAACGAUGGCAUCCUAUAGUGAUGUUACUCUGUUCAUCGACGAGGAGGACAUGUCCCCCUCUAUUGCUCUGUCGAGGUCAGGGGACCAGCCCUCCAGCACAGAAUCAGACUUGCGGUUGCGGUCAGUCAACUCCUCCCAGGAGUACUGGCCCAUUGACCCCAAAGAUGAGGGUCGUGACACAGACACGAGCUGCCGCAGCACUCCUUCUCUGGAGUGUCAAGAGCAGCGUCUUAGAAUGGACCAUCUUCCUUUGUUGACCAUAGAACCUCCUAGUGACAGCUCGGCAGAGCUCAGCGACCGGUCGGAUCGCGGCUCGGUCAAGCGGCCGCCCGUGUACGAACCGCACGGCCACAUCGUAACGUCGUCCCAGGCGAGCCCCAAACACAUUUCCCAUGGACCCCCGCCACGAGCUCCCUCCCGUGACGACGAUGCACCCCUGCGUCACCGCCACCGCCAGCUGGAAAGCCACUUAGCCAUCAACGGCUCCGCCAACAGACAGAGCAAGUCCGAGUCGGACUUCUCCGAUGGCGACAACGACAGCAUCAACAGCACAUCCAACUCCAACGACACCAUCAACUGCAGCUCCGAGUCCUCCUCGAGAGACAGCCUACGAGAGCAGACGCUCAGCAAGCAGACGUACCACAAAGAGACUCGCAACAGCUGGGACUCGCCCAUCUUCAGCAACGAUGUGAUCCGCAAGAGACACUACCGCAUCGGCCUGAAUCUCUUCAACAAGAAGCCAGAGAAGGGCAUCCAGUACCUGACUGAGAGGGGAUUCAUCCCAGACACACCGGUCGGUGUGGCUCACUUCCUGCUGCAGAGGAAGGGCCUGAGCCGGCAGAUGAUCGGAGAGUUUCUCGGCAAUCGACAGAAGCAGUUCAACAGAGAUGUCUUGGACUGUGUGGUGGACGAAAUGGACUUCCAGGGCAUGGAGCUGGACGAGGCUCUCAGGAAAUUUCAGAACCACAUCCGUGUUCAGGGUGAGGCCCAGAAGGUGGAGCGGCUCAUCGAGGCCUUCAGCCAGCGCUACUGCAUCUGCAACCCCACGGUGGUGCGGCAGUUCAGAAACCCCGACACCAUCUUCAUCCUGGCGUUCGCCAUCAUCCUCCUCAACACCGACAUGUACAGCCCCAACGUCAAGCCCGAGAGGAAGAUGAAGCUGGAGGACUUCAUCAAGAACUUGAGAGGUGUGGAUGACGGGGAGGACAUCCCCCGGGAGACUCUGGUCGGCAUCUACGAGAGGAUCCGCAAGCGAGAGCUGAAGACCAACGAAGACCACGUCUCACAGGUGCAGAAGGUCGAGAAGCUCAUUGUGGGAAAGAAACCGAUUGGAUCUCUCCACCACGGCCUGGGAUGUGUGCUGUCGCUGCCCCAUCGCCGGCUGGUGUGCUACUGCCGCCUGUUUGAAGUGCCAGAUCCCAACAAGCUGCAGAAGCUCGGCCUGCAUCAGCGGGAGAUCUUCCUGUUCAACGACCUCCUAGUGGUAACCAAGAUCUUCCAGAAAAAGAAGAACUCGGUGACGUACAGCUUCAGACAGUCCUUCUCUCUGUACGGGAUGCAAGUCAUGCUGUUUGAAAACCAGUAUUACCCAAAUGGAAUCAGGCUUACAUCAGCGAUACCAGGUGCCGACAUCAAAGUCCUCAUCAACUUCAACGCGCCCAACCCCCAGGACCGCAAGAAGUUCACAGACGACCUACGAGAGUCCAUCGCCGAGGUCCAGGAAAUGGAGAAAUACAGAAUAGAGUCCGAGCUGGAGAAGCAGAAGGGGGUGGUGAGGCCCAGCAUGUCGCAGAGCUCCGGCCUGAAGAAGGAGGCCGGCAAUGGAAGCAUGAACCGCGCCAGUCUGGACGACACCUACGCCAUGGGAGAGGGCCUGAAGAGGAGCGCCCUCAGCAGCUCCCUGCGAGACCUCUCCGAAGCAGGCAAGCGGGGGCGUCGCAGCAGUGCAGGAUCACUAGACAGCAAUAUGGAAGGGUCCAUCAUUAGCAGUCCGCACACACGCCGGAGAGCCACCACGCCACGUGAGGGCGCACCACGCGGCCAUCCCUCCAUCCCUAACUCAGCAUCGACCUCCAUCCUUGGGUCCCUCUUUGGCAGCAAGCGAGGCAAACCGCCAUCCCAGGGCCACCCUCCUUUCCCUCCGCCCGGUCACCCCACACUCAUAUCCCACAAGCCCCACCCGACCAACCUGCACCACACAGCACAGGUAGCACACCCAGCGCAGGCCCAGCACCACGGCCACCACUCCCACUACUGCCAAGUCCCACAGAACCCGCCGCCUUACCACCACCACCACCACUACCACCCCCCUCCCCACACGCAGUACCACCAGCACCCGGCCUACUCCUCGCACGCACACCAACACGGCCACUCGCAGCACAGCCAUUACAGCCAGCAUUCCCACCACGCCUCACACUCCCAGCAUGCCCCCCACCACCACCACAGUCAGCAAGCGGGUUCGGUACCUGGCGGACCCAAACCCAAACACAGUGGCAUCAGCACCGUAGUGUGAUGCUCUUAUCGCAGAGAGGAGAAGCAAGGAGGGGACUUGAUGAAGGAGGGACAAUUGCUUACACCAAAGGGACUGACAGCAUAGCUCUAUGGCCUGUCCACUGUGUUUUACUGCGGCUGUGAUGGAAACACACGCAGUCACCUUUUUCACCUCCAGGUCCAACUAAUAUGCAGGAUGGAAAUCGGACUCAAAUCUUCCACCAGGGGCCUUUUACUAGUUUGCCUGAUCAUGGGCCUGGCCCCGUCAGGGUUUCGUGUGGGGGGAGGCGGGGGUGGGGAGGGGGUUCUGUACAGGAAGAUGCUCUAUGUUUUCCACACACACACACACACCGUUUGGCCGCGACGGCUGCAGAGAAAAUGUGUUUUUUCUUUUCUCAUCAAGCCGCUCCCUACUCCUCCAUUCCCUCAAUAAACCUGUCUUACCUUCACAUAAUCAGGAGGGACGACGACCCGAGGCGAGAACACGGCUGACUGUUUUCCUCCGUCGCAGCGAUUGGCGUCGUCUUCUCGCGCACACAGCCCCCCUCCAGAAGUCAACUUACAACUCUUUUGGUUUUGCAGACCCUUACCAUCAUAUGAAUGCAAUUUUGUCGUCGCCUCCCGUAGAAGCUCAUACGUAGUGAAGAUAUAAUCAUUUCACACUAACUCGAAUCAAAGGAGAGGUUAAACAACUGAGGCGACCGUCUCAGUCAUUGUAGUUCUAGUGCUGUAUUUACUGUAGAUGACAGCUAUAUGUGUUGUCUCCUAGCUCUCAUAAAUAAAUGUGCCAAUUAUUAAUGCAUAAUCUAUUUAGUCAAGACUUCAUGUACAGUAUAUUGUGCGUAAAGUAAUUUGUAAGAUCAUACUUACAAUUAUUAUUAUCAGCAAAAAUGAAUUCUAUCAGUAUUAUACUGACUGUGUGGUAACAGGAUGUAGAUCUGAAAGGAGUGAGUUCCCAUUCAGUCCGGCCUAUAAUCUAUUUUUGCCUUUUUCGGAUGGAUCAGGAGGAUGGAUGGCAGCUGUUGCAUAUGGGCCUCAAAACGCUGUGCUGUGUGUCGCGGCUGAAGCCUCAAAGCAGACUUUUCCUGUCAACUCUCUGGAACGUUAAACCGGGCUGGUUGGUUGUUUUAAUCUCAGUUUACUACUCAUACUGUGGCUGCUUUAAACUGCAAAAAUAAAAUAAAAAAGUAAUGUGGGUUAAGAGUAAAAAAAAGGACAGUAAACGGACCCCUCAGAAGGCGUUGAACAUGUCAAGUCUGUUGCCUUUAACGUAUGUGACAGCUGCACGUCUCGACUCCUCAAAUUUAAAACCACAGAAAUUUAAAAAACUUCUUCUUUUGCCUUGUUUCGUAAGUUGUUUUUUUUUUGUUUAAGUCGCCGACGAGGUUCGGCGAGUUAAUAAAGAAAAUCAGUUCUUACGGUAAAGUAUUUUUUUCAUCUUUUUUCUACCAUAUGUGCAAUAUCUUUGUACUGAUUUUGUACAUCAAGAACAAGGUGUCCCCUCCAAUUUGUGCUUUUUUUUUCCUAUUUUUUUUUCCCCUCCAUGUUGCGUCAUUAUUUAUUUAUAUUCCUUUUUUUGUUUUUGUUUUUCGACCCCUGUCAGAGUUGUUUCUUUCUCUGUAAAUUUAAUGUGUGGCUGUCCUCGUGGUCUUAUGAGAGGUACAGACUCCGGAGUUCAGUGGAAUGUCUAGUGAGUGAUUUUUUGCAUGUAAUGUUAUUAAUGUGAGGCUAUCCUCUGCACAUUGUAUAACGAAUCAGUGUUACCAUAGCAAGUUUAAGUGCAAUCAUGUUCAGAAAAAUGCAGACUUGUACUGAGAGUGAGAGUCUGUUUUCUUUUCUUUUUUUUUUGUCCAGGAUGAGAUUCAGGUGAAAAAAUAACUCUUUUUUUCCAUUUAAGAAUAUAUAAAUACUUACUUACACAGUUCACAGUGGAAAGAGGAAUGUGUGUAUAUAUUUUAAUAAAAGGAAUAUGCUUCUCUUUGGGCUGAACAGAAAUAUUUUGCUGGAUAAGCACAUAUGGAAGAACACUUUCAUUUUUUUCAGGAAAUGCAAAUAUAUUCAACAAAAUGCAAACUGAACAAAGGAACUGGGUAUAUGUAAAGAAUAACUUUCUACGUUCUACAAAUAAGAGUCUAUUCUAGUGUGUAAAUUAGUGACAGUAAACUGUUUGUCCCAAUAUUCAGGUUGUAAAUGUAUUUUAACAUUCACAGAUAAAAUUGAAAAAAAAAAAAAAAAAAAACCCAUCGCCAUAAGUCAGGCUUUCGCUCACACAUCUCUCCUCAUGCGAAUGAACAAAAAGGACGUUCGGACGACAGACAUAUCACACUUGGGACGUCAAUGAUCAGCUGAAUGUGUCUUUCCAUGGAUUUCGUAUCUUUGCUAUAAUUCUGGAAUCUUUGGGAUGAUGUAAAAAACCAAGGAAUCUGUUUUUGUUCUGGUGUGUGUUGUAGUGCUUCUAUUGUCUUCAGUCAUUCUUUGUGAGAAGGUACCCCAACGAUGCACUGCAUGGAUCAUCAUGUGUCCUAUUCACUGUGAGCUGAUGGGGAGGGGGGGAGAAAAAAAAAUCAGCCUAUAAAUUUUGACUUCUCGUUUUUGUUUUCUUUUUUUUCUUUUUUUUUUUGGAUCAAUUUGGGAUUUUUUUUCCCUGAUGUUGAUGUGUUCUUGUUGUUUCCAUGUUUGGCUGGUAGUUGUCGCAGCUCAGCAUGCAUUUCAUUAACAAAGCCAUUGUUGUAAAUUACGGAACAUAAAGAACAUUGCACUUCUGUUGUUGAGGGCUUUCAUCGUGUAAAUAAUGGGAAUUUGAUGUGUGCAAGCUGAUGAACUGCUUGGAAAGGAGACUUUGUCAUUAUGAAGCUGUAAAAGGGACCAAGACGGGGGUUAAAAGAACUGUACAUAAUGUGUAUAUGAUCAGUACUCUAUUCUGAUAUCUGCAGUCAAGAUCAGGAUGUAUAUACAUCGCCACCUCGUAGAUGGAUCAGAGGGGUGAUUUAUGAACAUAUCGAUUGUCUCUGCCUCCGGCUGUCUUGAACUGACAUUUGCUGUAGAAAAUCAAAAACAGACUGUUAGGAAGUCCGCUGCCAUUUACACCCAGCUCUCUUUUCAUACAUGCACCUCCCCUACCAUACACACAAACACAGACACACACACACCCACACACACAGACGAACACACCCACACAUCCAGCUGCAAGCUGUUCAGUCUGGCGCGAGACACAUUUUAAAAAAGGAAAAAGACAAGAAUGGCCUCAUUUAUAUGUGCAUUCUGUUUGUACAGUGAGUAGUGAGUCAGUAAGACCCCAGUUAUUGUAAAACUUCAACUGUGACAAUGUUGAGAACGCAAAAUAAACGAAUAUAUGACUUAUGGUA